AGGUUAAUGGAGUUAUCUGCACUCUACGUCGGACAAGAAAUUCAAGCUCACGAUGGCAUAAUCUGGACGAUGAAGUUCAGUCCAGAUGGUGAAUUCUUGGCAACUGGUGGUUCAGAUGGUGUGGUCCGGAUAUGGCAGGUUGCAUCAGUAGAUGCCUCUCAUAGUUAUGUGGAUACUUGUGAAGAUCAUAAUUGCAGCCUGGUGAAAAAUGGCAUAUCGCGUCCUAAAGGAAAGAAGUCGAACCACGCCUCAGUUCUAAUGCCUGAUCAGAUCUUCUGGAUCAGCGAGUCACCACUGCAUGAGUUUCACGGCCACACAAGUGAUGUUCUGGAGUUGGCUUGGUCUUCUUCUAAUAAGCUGCUUUCGUCUUCCAAAGACAAUACUGUCCGUCUGUGGAAAGUGGGUUGUGACCGAUGCCUGAAUGUCUUCCGCCAUAGUAAUUACGUGACGUGCAUUCAAUUUGACCCUCUUGAUGAGAACCACUUCUUAAGUGGUUCUAUAGAUGGUAAAGCUCGGAUUUGGGGAAUAUCCAAAAGGCGAGUUGUGGAUUGGGUCGACGCGCGAGAUGUGAUAACCGCCAUUUGCUACCAGCCUGAUGGAAAAGGAAUUGUUGUUGGUAGUAUCACAGGCACUUGCCGUUUCUUUGAGAUGUCAGGCAAUCGUCUCCAGCAAGAUGCAGUUAUCCAUAUUCAAGGGAAAAGGACCUUUGGCAACAGGAUCACUAGCAUUCAGUUUUCUCAGGAAAAUUCUCGAAGAGUAAUGAUCUCGUCAGAAGAUUGCAGACUCCGUAUUUUAGAAGGAACUGAGAUCAUUUCCAAAUACAGAGGGCAUCCAAAGUCAGUAAAUCAGAUGUCUGCUUCUUUUACUUCAAGUGGCAAUCACAUGGUAUCUACUGGAGAGGAUCGUGUCUACUUGUGGAACUAUGACGACUUCAAUCUGUCUCCUUCCAAGAGCACGAAGUCCUUGCGCUCUUGCGAGUAUUUUUCAUCCAAAGGUCAUGCACGGGCUCUGCCACAUGGCCUGAAGAGAGGCUUCCUCAAUGUGAAGUUCCACCCACAGAAGCAUAUUGCGAAUUCGGGAAGCAUCAAGUGGACCAUUUCUCCCAAGCAUGGGGCCUUGUGAUAGUGACGGGAAGCUACGAUGGUAAACUUAGAGCUUUCCAUAACUAUGGACUACCAGUCAGGCUCUAGAAACUCUUUUGGAUCAGCUCAGGAUGAAACUUCAGUUUGUAUCUGAAAGUAGAGGGCCAAAAACCCCUGUGAAGUUAAUUGAGCUCAGCAAUUCCAUGUUCUCCUUGUCCCCUCAAAGAUGGCAGAGGACAAGAGAAUUCUUGUGAAGUUAAUAGAGCUCAGCAAUUCCAUGUUCUCCUUGUCCAUUCAAAGAUGGUUCCCGGCGAAAUGAUCCAGCAGUCCCCUGUUGUCCAUCAGAAUGGGUUUUGUAAGCUUGUCGAAAGAGGCCAUGUAAGUUUCCGUGUAAUUAGCAUUCUUUCUUGAGUAGAGCGAGUUUUCUGAGCACCGAAAGAAAGAAAUACUAUGUGUUUUCCGUAUCGAGUAUUCAGCAACAUGUUUGCUUGCCUGUUGGUGCAAGUCACCGGACUUACCGUCGAGGCAGCUGAGCUUGUAUGAGAAGUUGAUUAUGCCUUA